GCUCUCAGUUGUCAUAUGAUUAUUGUGUUUUCUGCAGCUCAAGACUACAAGAGCUUCCAGUGAUCCUGCUGCUCGGGGUGAGGGCAGUUCAUAAUGGAUUUGGAUUGAACUUCACUCCUUCAAUCCUUUCAGUCUUAAAGUGGGACAUGAUCAUUAAAGACCCUCUUCAGUCAAUCAUACCGAAGACACUGGAAAUGUUGUGUUUUGAUUCUAGUCUUUCAUUUCAUUUCACUCCUUCUUUCUCUCAGUCUCUUCUUGGUGGUUUUGAAGGUCAGCUCCUUCCAAUUGCCAAUCUCAAGAAGUCGAUACAAUAUCAUUUAUUAGAACACUUUUAUUGGCAGCCUCUGAGUUUCCUGUGUGACUCCAUCAGUUCUGGUACUAUUAGGAAAGACAUUAAAUCAUUAUCAAAGGAUCAGGUUGAGAUGAUUCGCUCAUCACCCAGUAUGAUGAGUUAUGUUGAAUCAGUUGAUUUUGAAGAGAGAAAAGCACUGCUUCAAGAUGAUUCUCAUUUAAAAGCAAAGGCAGAAGAAUUUUUAAAAGAUAUCCAAUUAUUUUACCAAUCUCUGGAACCAGCAGUAAAGACUCUUUACAUAUUACUGUAUAGAAAAACAUCAAAGGAUAAAUUGGCUAAACUUAAAAUGUUAUUGAGUUACAUUACUGAGAGUCAAGGGAAGGAUUUCUAUGUUCAAGCCAUGAGGAUACUGGAUGAGACUGUACUGCAAAGGAACCUCCAUGAGUCUAUCACUUAUAUUAGUGCA